UAGGCUCUAAACAAAAGAAACAAUUACGGAAUCGUUACAAUAAAACUUUCAUAUGGCAGCUAUCGGUGCAGGAUACGAUUUAUCAGUUUCAACUUUUUCUCCUGAUGGACGUAUUUUUCAAGUCGAGUAUGCAAGUAAAGCAGUGGACUCUGGAAAUACAAGUGUAGGAAUUGUGUGCAAGGAUGGGAUUUUGUUUGCAGCAGAAAAAUUUUUGCCCAACAAAAUGACAGUACCUGGAACUUCCCCACGUAUAUUUGCUGUGGAUCGGCAUGUGACAAUUGCAGUAGGAGGUUUUAUAGCAGAUGCAAGAGAAAUUGUUUAUCGAGCUCGCCUCGAAGCAAAGGAAUAUCGUCGAGUGUAUGAUGAACCGAUUCCUGCGCAGGUUCUUUCCGAGCGUUUGGCUUUGUUUCUUCAUGCGUAUACUUUAGCGUGGUCAGAAAGACCCUUUGGUGCAGCAAUAAUUCUUGGUGUCUGUGAAGAAGCCUAUGACUCAGUUAAUUUGAGUGAAAACAUCACUGUAGAAGAUAAGACUUUGAAAAAACAACCGAAAUUUUCUUUAUAUUCCAUUGAUGCGGCCGGAGCAUGCUACAAAUUUUUUGGUGUUGCAAUUGGAAAAGGUCGUCAAAUCGUGAAAACAGAAAUCGAGAAGCUCGAUAGACAAAAUAAGACGUGUGAAGAGUGUUUAAUACCAGUUGCUACAUUAAUGCGUCGAGCUCACGAUGAUACCAAAAUUCGUGAUGUUGAGUUAGAGAUGGCCUGGAUAUGUUUUUCGAGCAAUUUCGAGCAUGCUAUGGUACCUCGAACUAAAGUUCAAGAAGCUGUUCGAGAAGCCAAUGCUUCUAUAGAGAAUCAAGACAUUGAAAUACAGAAUGUUGGUCAUCAGUUAACAGAGGACGUAGAUAUGGCAUAGGCCGUACGAUUUGUUUUAAUUUUUCUAAAACACGUAGCUAGUUCGUUCUACUUGAAUACCUGAAUGAUUUCUUGAAUUUCUUAUCAACUAUGGUUCGUUACUUAAUUAGAUUAAAAAUUUUUUUAUUUUAAUUUAACGAUAUAUUAAAAUGUGUAUUUAAACUUUUUUAAUAGAUCAUAUUUCAUUACCAACACCUUUGAAAUAAAA